GAUGGGGGAGCUGGGGUGCGGGGGCCCUCGGUGGCCCAGCACAGGCCUCCCGGCGGCCUGGCCGGGCUGAGGAGCGGCUUCACUCCUGUUCACCCAGGCCUUGGAGCCCUUGCACUUGGGACGACUUGGGUCCCUUUGCAAACACAGCUCUGGAGUUCGGCGGUGGCAGCGACAGCAGCAGGAAAAACCUGCCCCUGCCCCCCCAGCUCCCGCCGCCUCCCCUACCCUGUUCUCCCUUCACCAACCAGGCACCCCCCGUUCCCGUAAGGCCGUUCUGCCAUGUCGGACCCAGACAUUCCCAGGGGCCCUGAUGUCCCCACCAUGUGGCCCCCCUGUUCCAGGGGUGCCUGAGCCCCUCGAAGAGCCACCACCGCCCCCCUGCCCACCUUGGCCCAGUCCUGAGCCCCAGGGACCAUGAGUGGGGGCAAGAAGAAGAGUAGUUUCCAAAUCACCAGCGUCACCACGGACUACGAGGGUCCGGGGAGCCCAGGGGGUCCAGAUACCCCUGCCCUGCCGGCCCCCACUGGGCCCCCGCCCCGCCUGCCCAAUGAGGAGCCCAACCCCGAGCCAGGGGGCAAGGGCACCCCCCGGAAUGGCUCCCCACCGCCUGGGGCCCCCGCCUCCCGUUUCCGGGUGGUGAAGCUGCCCCAAGGCCUGGGAGAGCCUUAUCGCCGAGGCCGUUGGACAUGUGUGGAUGUUUACGAGAGAGACCUGGAGCCUCCUAGCUUUGGCCGGCUCCUGGAAGGGAUUCGAGGGGCCUCAGGGGGCAACGGGGGCAGGUCUUUGGAUUCCAGGUUGGAGCUGGCCAGCUUGGGCCUGGCCGCCCCUACCCCACAGUCAGGCCUGUCUCAGGGCCCCACCUCCUGGCUCCGCCCGCCCCCCACCUCCCCUGGACCUCAGGCCCGCUCCUUCACCGGGGGGCUGGGCCAGCUGGCAGUGCCCGGCAAGGCCAAGUUGGAGACAACCCCCCUGUCAGCCUCCCUGCCCCAGCAGCGCCCCCCAGAGGCCGGGACGGGGGAUAGCGCGGGCAUUUCCCGGGCUGCCACGCCCCUGCCCUCUUUGAGGGUGGAAGUGGAAGCAGGGGGCUCAACAGCGGGGACCCCUCCACUGUCGCGUGCGAAGGAUGGAGCUCUGCGGCUGAGGAUGGAGUUGGUUGCUCCAGAGGAGAUGGGGCAGGUGACCCCGCUCGACUCUCGCCCCAGCUCCCCAGCCCUCUACUUCUUCCCCGAUGCCAGUCUGGUUCACAAGUCUCCAGACCCCUUUGGAACAGCGGCUGCCCAGAGCCUCAGCUUCGCCCGCUCCAUGCUGGCCAUCAGUGGCCACCUGGACAGUGACGACGAUAGUGGCUCCGGAAGCCUGGUUGGCAUUGACAACAAGAUCGAACAAGCCAUGGUUUUCUUCUGGAAACACAAAGCUAAGUCAACCAUCGUAGAACGCACUGACUCCAAGAAAAAUGAGUUGAGGGUGGAGAAAACUUCCAAGGUGUCUGAGACUUUCAAGUUGGUUGAGUCCCCCAAGGAGGCUAAGGUCUCCAAGAUGGAUGUGUCCUCCAAGGUGGCUGACCCCUGCAUGUUGGCCAAGACCACCGCGGACGGGGCUGCAGUGGAGGCGGGCCAUGGGCAGAGAUCGCUGUUGCAGCUGCCCCGGACUGUCAUCAAAUCUGUCUCCACGCUCAUGGUCUCCGCCCUGCAGUCUGGCUGGCAGAUGUGCAGCUGGAAGUCAUCUGUGAGUUCUACCUCAGUCACCUCCCAAAUGAAGACCGGGUCCCCUUUGGAGUCGAGAGGGACUGAGAUACUGCAGGAAGUGUACCUGGUGCUGUGGGCCGUUCGGAAACAACUGCGGCAGCUGGCGCGCAGGCAGGAGAGGCGGCGACGGCACCAUAUCCGGGCCCACACCUGUCCCCAACCUGACCCAGUUCAGGGCUUGAAACAGGAUUCCCGGAGUCCCCUCUAGGGGGGAACCCCACAUCCUCAGAAAGCCCCCACCUCACUCUUAGGUAAGGUUGAUAGGAGAGGUUAGGGCAGCAGGCCAGGAGUUGUGGGUGAGGAGAAGUUUUCAUACCGUCACCUCUCAUCGGGACCCCAAGGCCUGGCCUGAGGUCCCACGUAAUCCCCUUCAUUCCUUUUAUUCAAUUUGUAAAAGAUUAUCAAAAUGUUGGGAAAUAAAUAUCGGAUAUUUCUGAGUA